CGCCCACCGCUCAGGCUAGAGCGCGCAGCGGAUCACCUCAGGUCUAGAUCUGCUGUGAAUGAACUGAUCUGAUCAUCUGACUGGAUUCUGUUACUCUGUAGGAAACUAAGAAAAACACGUUGACAUCUGAAUUAAUCUCUUUCAGCGCCCAUCUAGAGGCGUUUGUGACUUUUGUUUCUGUUUUUACGUCUGAAGAAGGAAAGAACGGAAGAAGGACUCGAUUAGUUUAGGUUAAAGUUAGUUUUUUCUUUUGUCAUAUGAAGGAUAUGGGCAGAUGUGGAAAUGUUGCGUUUUGCGCGAUGGUGCUCUUUUACUGUUCUUUGAUUACAGGUGAUUACCGCUGCGUGUCGUCUGCGGCUCACGUGUCCUCAUCACCUCACGCCUCUGUGAAGAGAAGAGACGGCGUGCGUGACGUCAACAUGACAUCGUCCCUGCAGCCGGAGACACCGCCUGUCAGCAAUCAGACACAGUCCUCGACCAACCACACGACCAGCACUGAGCCCACGCCUCACACAGACACGACGACAGAGAAGGUGGCGAACUCAUCCGCCCCAGCGGAGAACGUCAGUUUCUCUGGGAACAUCACUGACAGUCGAAAUGAGUCUGAUGUGUCACCUAUGAAUAAUCAGACAACAGUUACCAUGGUAAGACCUACAACACCUGCUACAGUCCUGCCAUCAACAAUCCAUGAGUCCACAAGCAUCAUCCACAUCACCACCUUCCACCCGACACCCACUGAAACCACCAGAGCUCCAGAAGCGACCCGCCCAGAAUCAACGAGCGCACAUCCCAAACAGACAUCCUCUCCGACAACGUCAUCAUUCACUGCAGCCGCCUUCCCUGCGGUCAGCACACAGAUGUCAACGAGCAGCAGUCCCGUCCAGGCCAAAGCCCACGUGGACACCCCCUCGGCACUGAACGUCGGAGACGAUGACAAUAAAGUAUCCACUGACCCGCUCCUGGCUGGACUGGUGUCGGCGUUUGUCGUCGUUGCUGCCAUUGUGUCGGUCCUCAUAUUCCUGAAAUUCAGAAACACAAAUGACGGCCCAGAGUUUCGCAGACUUCAAGAUCUCCCCAUGGACGAUAUGCUGGAGGACGCCCCUCUCUCCAUGUACAGCUACUGAAAAACGUAGAUGUUCCUCGCCCAACAUCCUCUGUUCAACACAAGACAGACAGAAUUGAAUGGCUCAUGUGCUUCAUAGAGGCACAAACACUCCUGUUGUUUCUGUCACAGGACUAAAUGUAGCGUAAUACUCCACUUUAGUUGUUAAAUUCACCGUGGCUGUCAGUGCCUGUAUUUUUGGGUUGUAUUCUUGCACUUUACGUGGGGUUUGGGAAGGGUCGUGUGCUGCGGGAAUAUUUGGGAGCUGUUUUUGGCUCUGUGUGUUCAUGUGUUUCUCUGAUAGCUGUGUCGUCUCUGCAUCUGCUUCAGUUGUGUGUGUGUGUGUGUGUGUGUGUGUGUGUUACAUUUUGUCUAAUUCUAGAAUUCUAACUUGCUGCUUUGUUGUUUUUCUGAUCAAGUUCUUGUUUUUGUUAAAGAGCAACAAUCAUGUUUACAGUAGUGCACUUAUAGUGCAAGUCUAAAGGGCACCAAAAUAAACAUUGAAAUGCAUUUUCAACAUUACAGCCACAAGACGUAAACAAUACACACGUUAACAUGAGACUAGGGUGAAUAAAUAGUGUACUAACCUUGUCUGUGUAAAGUUACACUGUUUUUCAACUCCUGUAAAGCUGCCAAACACUGUAACCUUUGCAUGACACACACAAGGAUAGACUUCAUAGUAAAUGCAUUACUGUAAACUGAUUUUUAAACAUGAACAGCAUCUGUAAUGGUUUUCCAGUGUUAAUUUCACUUUGUUCUCUGCUUCAUUCCCAAGGAUGUUUCCACUUCUGAGAAAUGCUAUUUUUGUCUGGCAUAUAAACAUUCACUUAACUUCAAGAGAAAAUUGGGAAUUAUUUUUAUCAUUUGGAUUGUCUUCAAAUAGACAAAACAACAAUGGCGAAAAUGCAAUUGGCUCUUUUAUCCGAAACACAACUUCAGUGCUUUCACAGUUACGAUAAGACAUAAUUCUGCUGCUUUUAAGAUUAUGUUUUAAGAUAAAAAUAUCUAUUUAGGUGCACUUUGACAGGCAGCCAACACUGAGCAACGCACAGUAAGACGUUCAGCCAUAGUUUUAAAGAGAUAGUUCACUCAAAAAUGACAUUUUUUGUCAUUUACUCACCCUCAAGUUGUUCCAAAUCUGUAAGAGUUUCUUUUUAUCUGCUGAACAUUUUGAUAUUUUGAAGAAUGUUGGUAAUCAAACAGAUGACGAUAGCCAUUGACUUCCAUAGUAGGAAAAAAAAAUACUAUGGCUACCGUCAUCUGUUUGGUUACCAACAUUCUUCAAAAUAUCUUCUUUUGUGUUCAAAUGAAGAAAGAAAUUCAUACAGGUUUGGAACAACUUUAGGGUGACUAAAUGAUGACAGAAUUUUCAUUUUUGGGUGAACUUUCACUUUAAAGCUUUUCUUGUGCCUGAAAUGUUUUUUAUAAAAACUGAGAAAAAAAAUGAACAAAAAUAUAGCUAUAAACUUAACACCCAUUUUUUUAUUGAUUAAUAAAAGUGAAAAAUACA